AUGGAUAUUACACGUCGUUACAACAGAGCAUUAGCCCAAAAGCCAUUGCUUACCAAAGUUCUCACUGGUGCUAUCUUAGCAUCCCUGGGUGAAUUGACUAGCCAAUUGACUACAGGAUUCAUUUCAAAGAAACAGCAGGGAAUUUUAAAGAAAUUAUCAUAUGUUGGUAAAAUUAUCGCUAGAAACCCCAGCAAAAUAUUGCUUAUGUUUUGUUAUGGUGGUUUUAUCAAUGCGCCAAUUAAUCACUACUUGUAUGGCUGGAUCACACAAAUUACCAAUGGAAAGAUUGUAAGCACCAAAUUGAGAAAACUAGUUCAGUUAAUUGCAUCGUUGGCAAUUGUUUCCCCCAUCCAAGUUGGAUGUUUAGUAAGUGCCCUAACCGUGGUGAACCAAAAUGUAGGCUGGGCCCUUUCCAAAUAUCCAUCGAUGAUCAGAGAAAAUCUCAAAGCCAAGUAUUUUAAGAUUCUUUCAUCUAGUCUGGUUACUUCCACAAUUCUCGUCUCCAUAGCACAAAGAUACAUUUCACCAGCUAAAUGGUCUGUAUUUUUCAAUUUUGCCUACGCAAUCCUUGGUACUGGUCAAAACAUAUAUUUGAAAAUAGCUUCUACCGCAAAAUAA